CACGCCCCCAACCUUCUCACUCUUCUUCUUCAGCCUCUUCCCCUUCCGCCCAUAUCAUUUCAUAUCACAGUACACAACCCAUUGAACUUCCUCUACGGCCUGAAAAAGUACACCUCAAUCCAGGUCGGACACCAACGUCCCUGGAAUCGCCAGCCUCGGCGUCUUCCCUCAGUUUCAACGAGUGCUGCGCGCCACAAAUCCCUCAUUCACCCCGCAACCAAACAAUCAUGGGUCUCACCAAGACUCAGAGAAUCAGUGUACUGCUGGCUAUCGACUCUGUAUUCUUUCUGAUCGAAAUCGUCAUUGGCUAUGCCGUUCACUCUCUUGCCCUGGUGGCAGACUCCUUCCACAUGCUCAACGAUGUCCUAUCUCUCUGUGUUGGUUUAUGGGCCGUCCGUGUUGCAAACACCGGCAACUCAAAAAUGUACACAUAUGGCUGGCAGAGGGCCGAGACUCUUGGUGCCCUAGUCAAUGGUGUUUUCCUCGUCGCUUUGUGCUUGUCCAUCUUUCUCGAGGCAAUUCAACGUUUUGUCGAACCUCAAGUCGUCAAAAACCCCAAGCUGGUUCUUAUCGUGGGUUGCUUGGGUCUGGCUUCCAACGUUGUCGGUCUUUUCCUGUUCCACGACCACGGCCAUAGUCAUGGUCAUGGCGGAGGAGAACAGUCUCACGAGGAAGAUGCCAUUAGGUCUGCCGAGGAAGGCCACGGCCAUGCCCACUCGGACGACGAAUCUGGCCAGAUUACAAACGAAAGAGGUAAUGUCGAAGAUGUUCUGCCCCAAGUCCGAGUCGCUGGCUUCAAGGGUUCAGAUGCCCAAGACUUUUCGAAAUCGGACGAAGACAAUACCACCAUAUCAGCCCAUUCCUCGAACAAAGCCCACCGCAAGUCUGGCGACCUACACACUCGACAAAGAAGAAGAGCAUCUGGCUCUUUUGGUCGUGGAUUCGGUUCCGUCGAUGACAUUCUCGUUCAUCCUGCAUCUUUCCGCCACGAGAUCAUCCAAGCUGCUCGGCUGGACGAAGAGACAGAAUCCGAUGCGACUGAGGAAGACGCAUUGUUGGAUGAAUCCGACUCUCCAAAUGAACAGUCCAAGAUUUUCAGCGACAACCACAGAUUUUCGUCCAAGGGUGACAAGCGAUUUUCUGGCUACGGAAGCAUCGGCAAGAAGAGGGCCAGCGUCAACUACAACCAUCACGACCACAACCACAACCAAUCCAGGGACUCGCACAAGUCGCAUGGUCAUGGUGGUCAUGGACACUCACAUGGUGAUCUUAAUAUGCGGGGCGUUUUUCUCCAUGUCAUGGGUGAUGCACUCGGGAACAUUGGUGUCAUUGCUUCUGCGCUGAUAAUAUGGCUCACCACGUUUCCCGGACGCUACUACUUUGACCCCGCCAUUUCACUGGUCAUCACAGUCAUCAUCCUCUGCAGUGCCGUCCCACUCUGCAAGGCUGCUAGUCGCAUUCUCCUCCAAGCUGUCCCCGUGGGUAUGUCCAUCGACGAAAUCACGGCCGAUAUAGAGUCGUUACCACGUGUGGUUGAAGCCCAUCAUCUUCACGUGUGGCAGCUUUCCGACACCAAACUCGUGGCCAGCUUGCACGUCAAGGUGGACUGUGACAUUGAAGGCUCUGGAUCGGCCAGCUACAUGCACCUUGCCCGUGAAAUCCGCAAUUGUCUCCAUGGCUAUGGUAUUCAUAGCUCCACCAUUCAACCCGAGUUUUACAGUCCAGAGAAUGUCGACUCGCCAUCAAGCUCGACUGCAGUUGCUAAUGGCAACGGCGGUGUGACUCCAAAGAACGAUAACGGCAGCAAGGCUGGAAGCCUCAGGAGCGAAGGAAGAGUGUGUUUGUUAGAUUGCGGCGAUAACUGCGCCGACAGCAAACAAUGUUGUCCGCCAGGAAUGGAGGCUAAGCCGCCCAAGAAAUAAAGGGCGGCUGAGCAGAUGCCGCACGUUGUCGAGUAAUAUCUGGUUUUUAGCCAGUUGUGUUUGCCAGACCCAUCAAAGGAAUACCAUGGUAUCGUAUCAAGGCGUGUCGGAGUUUAGGUUGGCGUGUACAGCACGCCAGCGUCAUCGUCAUUGUCAUUUUUGUUACACGAGCAGUCAUGACUGCGUCCGCGGACUGUCUUUUAUGUAUUCUACCAUGGUCAGGAAAAUGCAACAUUCUUGGGGAACUUCCUCUGUCCAGAAAAAGAUACUGUUCUACACUAUUUUCAUUCCAAUGUCCUUGCUUUCCAGUCGUUUCUGUGUUCUUCUCUUCCAUAUGAGUCGGGGGAGCGAGCCCUAUGGCUGACCUAUAUGUCCACCCUUCAAGUCAUACCCAAACAUCAAUAGCCAUGUCGAUGGGUCGUCUAUCGAUACGUCAGGAAUAUCCCAAAGUCUGUACGUUCUGUCAAGUCCGUGAAUGACACCCUCCAAUCAAUCAUUCUUUUGAUACUUUAUUCAACCUUUCCAAACCAACCAAAGAUACAAACACACAACAGGCCAUGAAACCUGCCAAAGAGUUUUGAUAAAAUACCCCAGCCGCGUCUUUGGUCCUCGUCGUUGUGAAGCG